GAAAUCACUUCCCACAAUGCACCACCCGCGCAGGCGCAGUACACCUCUGCGCGAGUAGUCCAAUAUCGUCGCCAUGAUGUCGGGGCCUGGCCAGAAUAUGGAGGAUGAAUCCCGCCCGCGUACCCUGUACGUGGGGAACCUCAGUCGUCAGGUCACAGAGCAGCUGAUUUUGCAACUGUUCGGCGCGAUCGGGCCGUGCAAGAGCUGCAAAAUGAUCUCCGAGCACGCCGGGAAUGAUCCAUAUUGCUUCGUCGAAUUCUACGAUCACAACCACGCUUCGGCGGCGCUAACAGCAAUGAAUGGGAGGAAAAUAAUGCACAAGGAAGUCAAAGUUAACUGGGCUACAACACCAAGUGGAAAUAAAAAGGAUACUAGUAACCACUACCAUGUUUUUGUUGGAGACUUGAGUCCAGAGAUUGACACCACAGAUCUCAAGGCUGCCUUUGCUCCCUUUGGGAAGAUCUCAGGUAUGUCUUGUUCUUUUUUGCAGGAAGUCAAAGUUAACUGGGCUACAACACCAAGUGGAAAUAAAAAGGAUACUAGUAACCACUACCAUGUUUUUGUCGGAGACUUGAGUCCAGAGAUUGACACCACAGAUCUCAAGGCUGCCUUUGCUCCCUUUGGGAAGAUCUCGGAUGCCCGCGUGGUGCGUGACGCGCAGACCGCCAAGUCCAGGGGAUACGGAUUUGUUUCCUUUGUCAACAAAGUGGAGGCAGAAAAUGCCAUUGGGGCCAUGAGUGGUCAGUGGUUGGGUGGUCGAGCCAUCCGAACCAACUGGGCAACCCGUAAACCUCCACCUCCAAAGUCAAACGAAGGUACAACUGGACGUCAGAAGCAGCUGUCCUAUGAUGAGGUUUUGUGCCAGGCUAGUCCAACAAACACAACUGUGUAUUGUGGGGGCAUCACAAAAGGGCUGACAGAGGAUUUGAUGCGCAACACAUUUUCUAACUUUGGACCUAUCCAAGAGAUCAGGGUAUUCCCAGAGAAAGGCUACAGUUUCAUCAGGUUCUUCUCCCAUGAAGUGGCAGCCAUGGCCAUUGUUACAGUAAAUGGAACACAGAUAGAAGGACAGGCAGUCAAGUGCUCGUGGGGGAAAGAGUCCAGCGACCCUAUGAACCAGUACCAACAGCAGGGAUAUGGCGGAGGCUGGGGUGGAGGUUAUGGUAACAUGUACGGUAACUACCAGGGUGCCUACUGGCAGUAUCCUCAACAACAGUACAUGAUGGGAGGAGGAGGCCAGCAGGGCUGGGCAGCUGGAAGCUAUCCCCAGGGAUGGAACCAGGGCUACAGCAUGAGCGGCCAGAUGGGGAACUGGAUGGGGGGCGGGCAGCAGCAGGGCUUCGGAGGCAGUCAGAUGGGACAGCAACAGCCAGGCAACGGGAUGAUGCCCAGCCAGGGUUACAUGCAGCCCCAACAGUACCAAACUCAGUAGCACUCAAGUCAACAACAUCUUAUGUUAGCACGAACAUUCAUCCUUGUUGGCAGUUGACAUAGCAUAGAGCUAAAAAGAACUGAUCUAACAACAAUCGAAUUUGACUGUCUUUCUGCAGUAUAUUCCUCAGAAUUCAAGUGUUGGACCUCCUGGAUCAAGUGACCAUGCAGACAGUCGAUGUAGUUGGCCAAAAAUUUUCUGACAUUGUCGUGUAGUCCAGGCUAUCAGUCACUUGACUGCUGAGGAAGGCCGCAGUCGAAAAGUCUGGAAUUUGAUUUCUGUUUUAGCUCUGUGCUAUGUAACAACAUCUUAUACACACCUCAGCAGAUCCAGGCAAAACCCCAAAUGAUUUAUCCAUCUUAGCUUGUUUAAAUUAGUCCACCUUUAACUGAGACUGUUUAGGCCACUCCAUUGAGUUUGUGUGUUUUUAUCAGUUAAGAAUAAAUGAUAAAGCAGCAGGAUUAUGAACUUGAAUAAUAUGGAAGAUGUACAGAUACAUUAUGAUGACUAUGUUGUACUUUUUCAACUCAACCUUUGGAUGACUGAUUGGUCCCCUUUCUUGUAGAUAAUGUCUGUGUUUUCUAACUGGAAACUGCUCUGAUCCUUUUUGACUGACUUUACUUAAAGAUAGGCCCAAUUCGUUCUUGAGGACUCGACUU